CAGGAAGCGGCAGGGCAGAGCAGCUCUGGGGAGCAGCAGAACAGCCAUUGCAGUGUCGUGGCUCAGUAACAAAAUACGAAAGGGAGCUGAGGAAGACCUGGCAGCCACUUUCCCUGUUCCCCCUGGCCGGCAGGUUGAUUUACAUGAUUAUUAGAGCGAAGAAACUCUGCGAAUAAACCAACAUCUAAACAAACGAAUUUAACAGCUCCGGAUAUGUCAUUCCUAUUUGAUUGGAUUUAUAGCGGUUUCAAUAGCGUACUACAGUUUUUAGGACUGUACAAGAAAUCCGGCAAGUUAGUAUUUCUUGGCCUGGACAAUGCUGGCAAAACAACGCUACUGCACAUGCUCAAAGAUGACAGAUUGGGACAGCAUGUGCCAACUUUACACCCCACAUCAGAGGAGCUGACGAUUGCUGGCAUGACAUUCACCACCUUUGACCUUGGAGGACAUGCACAAGCCCGGAGAGUGUGGAAAAACUACCUCCCUGCCAUCAAUGGUAUCGUCUUCCUUGUGGAUUGUGCAGACCUUCAGAGAUUGGCUGAAUCAAAAACAGAACUUGAUGCAUUAAUGACAGAUGAGACCAUUGGAAACGUGCCUAUCUUAAUCCUUGGCAACAAAAUUGACAGGCCUGAAGCUGUGAGUGAGGAGAAGCUGAGGGAAUAUUUUGGAUUAUACGGACAGACGACAGGCAAGGGCAAUGUCCCUUUGAAGGAGCUGAACACAAGACCACUGGAGGUGUUCAUGUGCAGCGUGUUGAAGAGGCAGGGCUACGGCGAAGGCUUCCGCUGGCUUUCCCAGUACAUCGACUAAAGAGGCCCAGUCCCACAACUCUCCGCCAUCUGCGACACUACCGUCUAGGGGGCGCCAAAACCAGCCAAUCAAGACGCCCAUCAUUACCAUCGUUACCAUCAUACUCAGCCUCAUGUUCGGUUAAUCAAGUCUGCCUCCGCCUUCAGAGAAACCAGUACGACUCGAUCCCAAUAGACUUUUAUUGGUCGAACAUUUGGUUCCGCACUUACUGCGUUCAUACAUGUUUGCGCACAUUCAUCUUUUUCUUUUUUCUCCAACAGCAAAGGGGUUCCCGCUCAAAUGGUAGAAUCUUUUCUAUAACAUGUCUGUCAUUCGCUGUCCUGUCCCUCCUCUUCCUCGCUGCCAUUUGUCAAGUGUGAUGAUAGACUCAUGAAAUUAAUCUCUGUAUGAUUCUAUUGGUAAAUCAGCCACCUUCCCCCUUGUUCAGCUCCUCUGGAGCAAAUGAGAGACAGCUAUUUAGUUGAAUACAUAGCAGUACACUUUUUUUUUAACAGAUAGUUCAUUCCACAUUGUAUUUAAUCAGUGUUUUUGCUUUGACUUGUUUUCUUUCUUUUCCCUCUUUUCAAUAUGGUUUGGGUAAAAGAAGAUGCAACCACAGCCCUUACCAUCACACAUUUGGCCGUUUCACCUGUGUAUAUUAGUGUAUCAUAAAUUAGAUUCAUAUCUUUUAGUGGAAGUUGACAAAGGUUUGUUUCAAGCUUCUUUCUGAACCACAGAACAGCUCUGAAUGGGUCCAAAUUGUGGGCUACCUUUUUAACAAGGACCAUUAGGUUGCAAUCCUACUAAAAAGGGGAGGGGGGGUGUUUUCUCGUUUUAAAUAGGAAAUUAAACUGGCUACAACUCUGGCAACGUUUGAUAAAAUUAUGUAGAUAUCACAAGGGUCAGCUGACCUAAAGACAGAUAUUUAAAGUACUUAAAACUUUGCAAUAAACGGGCUGAUUAUAACCUGCCAUAAGACAUGCGGGGAGGAAUAAACAGACAGUGGUUAAAAAAUUAGGCAAUAGUAGAAGUCAUGCAGAAAAUGAGACCGUUUAACAGGGUGAAUUUAGUGACCAAGUGAACACAGCAGAGACUGGUAGGCCUAGGACACCUCUAACAAAGGGACCAUAUAUUAUAUAUAUGAAAUGUACACAAACAUCGUACAUGGAUUUUCUACUUCUAAGUGGUAUCCUUUGGAAUAUGUGCAUUAACAGGAACUAUUAUGCAUGCCUUGUUCUUUUGAUUAUUUUCAAGGACCAUUGACUAUAAGAGGGGAGACGAUGCCAAAAUUACCAACUAGAGAUGAUUGUCAUGUUUUCUUUUUUUUGUUUUUGUUUGUUUUUUUAAGGAAACAAUGGAUAUGUGCAUAAUAUACUUUAAUCUGUCUCUGUCCUUGUGUCUCUUUCAUUCCCUCAAGACUAAGAAAUGAGCUGUUCCAACAUUGAUGGGACUUGCUGUUUGCAUCAUUAAAGAAAAUGUAAUAAAUGUUUGCAAUGAAUGAUCGGCCCAA